AUGGUGCAAGAUGAUCAGGAAAUGGCUGACCAAUGUAAUCGAUUUACCGGGGUUUGUGAUAAAUUUCGUAAAAAAAUUGGAGAAACACAUUUACCGAUGCAUCUAGCUUUGCAUACGCAGCAGCAGUUUAUGCUCUCAAAAAAAAUGGAAUCAACCUCAUUCUUAAUAUAUACCAAAUUUUGGAUUACUCCAAUUAAAGGUAUAUCCAUACCAAGGCUUGAAUUACUAUCGGUACUUAUUGGUGUACAAGCUGCAUAUUUCGUAUUAAAACAAUUAGAAGUGAAGGAUAUACCUGUGUCUUUGUGGUCGAACUUAAAAUGUGCUUUAUUUUGGAUUAAGAAUUACUCUAAAUUGCUUCUUCGAUUCGUUCAAAAUCGGGUCGAAGAAAUACGAAAGGCAGGCUUUGUCGCGAGUAGCGAACAAAAAAAAUAUAAAAUAAAUUCCUCAAAUAAAUGUUUUUUAUGCAAAUCAAAAUUCUAUAUAUAUAUAUAUAUAUAUAUAUGUAAAAUAGCUCAUUUUCGAAGUUGA